AUGACCACAGAACAUGAUAUGAGUAAUGAAGAUUUAGAAAUAAAGGUUGAAGAAAAACAUACCGAUGAAAAGUUAUUGGUUAUUGACAGUAAAAACAAACUUGAUUCAAUUGAUGCGGGUGUAACUGAAUGCUUGGAUAAAGACGAGCCUGCUAUGUCUGUUCCUAACGUUCAAAACAAAAUUAUGGAAUCAAUCAGUAAAAUUGAAAUUAAUAUUGACCAGGCUGACCAAAUAGUUGACCAAAAUAUUACAGACCAGCCAACAAUGGAUAUUUUAACAUCUAUUAGAAACAAUGAUGCAAAUGAACAUAGUGGUAAAGAUAAAAUUAUAAAUGAAGAAUGUCUAAAUCAAAAUAGUAUGAUAUUAAAUUCUGAAAUACAUCAAAAACAUCAACCACAAAAUUACUUGAGUGAAACACUUUUGAAAACAAGUUCUAGACCACAACUCCAAGCUGCAAAAAAAACAGAAAAUCAAAUCAGAGAAAUAGCGAAAGAAAUAAUCAAACCUAUUGAUAGUAUUGAUGACAAAAUUAUAGAUACAGUUGAGGAGUUGCAAUUUCAAAUGAAAAAAGUGUGCUACCAAUGUAACAGGAUUCGUGUAUGUAAAUUUACUGUAAAUGGCCAUAAGUCUAUAUUUUUGUGCCAAGAAAAGUGUGUGGAAAAUUACUGUAAGAAAAAUAGUCGUUGCCACUUUGAAAAAAAAUGCCAGUGUUGUCAAUCAGUAAUUUUAGAAAUCAAAGAUAAGAGUUACUAUUGGCAAACAAAACAUUUUUGUUCAGUAAAUUGCUUAAGAGACUAUCAAAAAACAGUUUUUGAUUCACAUUGUAAAAACUGUAAAAAUGUUAUAACUUCAAAUGUUGUACUACAACAAUAUUGUCGAUAUAUUUCUGGUAAACUACUAGAGUUUUGCGGGGCUUAUUGCACUGAAAGUUAUGAAAAUAGAUUACGUUUAUGCAGUUUUUGUCAAAAGGAUUUAGUUGGCUGUGAAUUUGAAGAUUUCUGUUCAUCAUUUUGUCAAACUAAAGAUUAUGAAUCAAGAAGGAAACACACUGAACCAGAUAGUUCUAUUGUAGAUUAUGGUUCAAAUGAAAAAACUCAAGUCAUUGAUAUAUGCAAUGUGUGUUUCUGUAAAUUAAAUUCUUCACCCACAAAUGAGUUUCAAAUAUUAAGUCAUACAAAUAGUUUGUUUAAGUUUUGUUCAAAUGAAUGUUUAAAUAAAUUCAUUGUAUCAAAAAAGACAACUGUUCCUUGUUCAUUAUGCAAAGUUAAAAAGUUCAACAUUGAUAUGAUUUCUACCAAAAAUGUAUCUUAUAAUAGUCCUACAUAUAUAUGUUCAACAAGUUGCAUUGAUCAACAAAAACAAUUAGCAUUAUCAAAAUUAAAAAAGGUUGUUUGUGAUCACUGUGGGUUUUUAUGUCCUGCAUAUUAUAAUACAUUUCAUAUUGGAACAACCUACUACUUCUGUAGCCAAAAAUGUUUAAAUUCAUUUCAACCCGAAAAAAACCGAAAAUCCGAGCCAAAAUCUAAAUAUGGAAAAGAAUCUUCAGCUUCACAAAUAUCUACUCCGCAGUCUGCACUUAAAGAAUAUAAUAAUGUUGAUAGUGAUGGACUACAUAAUUCUCAUCAAAAAACUUUGGAAGUGAAACAAACAGUUGGUAGAAAAACAAGUCACAAAAAUGAGGUAUCUAAAGUUGAUAAAGAAGUACAAACAGAUCAAACUGUUAGUAAAGCGGGGAUAAUACCAAUUCCAGUGCCAAUAUACAUUCCAACCCCUAUGCAUAUGUAUGUAUCGCCAUAUCCAGUACCAGUGCCAUUCCCAAUACCUUUACCGAUUCCAAAUGUUAUUCCUACGCCUAAAAAUACUACUAAAGCAAUUUUGAAGGAUAUAAAGAAAAUGAGAGAAGAAACGCCAGAUGAUCCAUGGAUCCAAGAGGCUGAUGAGAUGUCUACCAUGACAUCAAAUGAUCAAAGAAAUCAAAUUAUUGAUGUUGAAGCAAACUUAGUUUCUUCUACAAUUAUGACUCAAACACCUGAUCUAAUGGAGAAUAUAUCCCAAAAAAAUAUGAUAUCUUCCCCUCAAGAUAUGUUAUGUCGACCUCCAAGAAAACGUGCACCUCGUUCACAGUCUCAGCUUAACCCAAAUUCAAAUCGCUCUCGUAUAACGGAUUAUCCUCAGGCACAAUGCAUCCCAGCAGGAUUGAUACAACAAGUUGUACAAAAUCCUCUAUACACCAUUCCGAUGUCUUUAGUUAAACCUGAAGCAAAUAUGUGUCUCAAGUAUACAUUAGGAGUUAAUGCCUGGAGGCAGUGGGCUUGCACGAAAAGUAUAGAAUUCGAGAAAACAUUAUCUAGUUAUGUGUGUGGAGUGAAAAAGACAAAUAUAUUUAAGUUGGACCUCCUGCAGUUAACAGCUAAUGAAUUAAAUUAUUGUUUGUGCUUGUUUGUGAAAGAUAUACGCAAACCAAAUGGAAGUGAAUAUGAGCCAGACACAAUUUAUUAUCUGUGUUUAGGUGUUCAGCAAUAUUUAUUCAAAAACGGACGAAUAGAUAAUAUAUUUACUGAUAUGCCUUUUGAAAAAUUUACUGAUACUUUAAAUGAAAUAACUAAAAGGUUCACUGAACUCUAUAAUGAUACAAAGUAUAUUGUUACACGAGUUGAAGAAGAGUAUCUUUGGGAGAGUAAACAGCUCGGGGCACAUUCUCCUUACGUAUUGUUAUGCACAUUGAUAUUUUUCAAUACCAAAUAUUUUAAUUUGACAAGUGUCGAAGAACAUAUUAUGCAACUAUCAUUUUCACAUAUAAUGAAGCAUUGGAAAAUAAAUCCUAACGAGCCAUCAACAUUUGCAGUUAUUCCACCUGGAACCUACAGAAACGUAAUACUGCGUUAUUAUCCUUCACAGGCCAUUGACUCACCGAAUUCUCGAAAGAAAAAAGUGUACGAGCAGCAUGAGAAUGAAGACAAUUCAUUGAGAUGUCCUGUAAAGCUGUAUGAAUUCUACUUAUCAAAAUGCCCAGAAAGUCUUAAAACAAGACAUGAUUUGUUUUAUCUCACUCCUGAAAGAUCUUGCGCACCCGAUAGCCCUAUAUGGUAUUCAACGUGUCCAUUAAAUAAAGAAUCGCUUGAAAAAAUUCUCAAUCGAGUUAAAAUGGUAAAAGAAAUCAAUGUAGCUUUGUUAUCUUCAUAG